GCGGGGAGGAGGAUCCGGCCAGCCUGUCCGGAGCGAUGGCCGUGCAGUGACAACUCCAAGACCCUGAACAAUGGCUGACACUAGUAACAUCCAGUCAGCGGCUUCUAAGAGCAUCCGUCCGUUCCGUUCCAGCGAGGACUAUCUCUACGCCAUGAAGGAGGACCUGGCGGAGUGGCUGAACACCCUCUACGAUCUGGAUGUCCAGGUGGAGAACUUCAUGGACGCCCUGGAGACGGGCUAUGACCUCUGCCAGCACGCCAACAACGUCAACCGGAUCGCGCUGGAGUUCCAACAGUCGAACCCGGAAGCCGCUUCCCACAUGAGAAUCCCUCAGAAGGAGGUCAUCUUCCAAGCGAAGAACGUGGUCCCCGGCUCUUUCAUCGCUCGGGACAACAUCUCCAACUUCAUCCAGUGGUGCCGUCAGGAGCUGGGCAUCCAGGACGUGGUGAUGUUUGAAACGAACGACUUGGUGUUGAAGAAGAACGAGAAGAACUUCGUCCUUUGCCUGCUGGAGGUGGCCAGGAAGGGCUCCAAGUUUGGGAUGUUGGCUCCCAUGCUCAUCCAGAUGGAGGAAGAGAUCGAGGAGGAGAUGAGGGACCAGGUGGCCCGCGGGGAGCUGAGGAAAGAGCAGGUGGUCCAAAAUUUGGGGCCCAAGUCUCCCGUGUACCUGAACAAAACCACGCCAAGGAUAGCCUUGUGCGACCUCAAGAACCUGGAUGAGCUGGUAAGAGAAAUCCUGGGCCAUUGUACCUGCCCGUCCCAGUUCCCCAUGGUCAAAGUCUCGGAGGGCAAAUACCAAGUCGGAGACUCCAACGCGCUCAUCUUCGUCCGAGUUCUCCGCAGUCACGUGAUGGUGCGAGUAGGAGGCGGCUGGGACACGUUGGAGCACUACCUGGAUAAGCACGAUCCGUGCCGGUGUACCUCCAUCUCUCACCGUCUGACCCAGAGUCGCGGGCUCGGCUUCUCUCCUCAGAAGACGAGCGGUCUGGCCAGUCCCCAGGCAAACAGCCCCACCGCUCAGCGUCGGGCUGAAACUACGGGUCUACAUCAUAAAGUCUCCGAGACCCACCACUUGGGGGAGAAACGGCUCUUGGCUGGAGCAGGGGAACCGACUCACCCCAAAGGAAACCGUCCCGGUCCUCCCACCAAGAGGUCUGGGACGGCUACCCCACCGAGGCAGGGAUCGCUGGCUCCACCAAGUGGAAAAUGUAGCGGGUCAGGACAGAGGGGUGCCAGCCCUCUGAGGGGGUGCCCAUCCCAAAGCCACCAGGAGACGGGAGAUUCCCAUCUUUCAGUCAGGAACCCCAGAGCUCGGCGUCUUUCCGGAGACAGCGAUUCCUCCUCCUCCUCCUCUAGGCACAGUGCCAGCUUGGGAAGGAAGCGGAACGAAGAUGCCAGCCUGGCACUCAGGAAGGAGGCUGGGAGGCGCAUCUCCGAGGGCCCAGCCUCCCAGCUCCACGCCAGUCCCAAACGGCCGCCAACCAGCCGGAGUCAGUCGCGAGACCGUCUCAGCUUGCCGAAAACCGUGGCGGUGCCUAGGAAGGUUGAGCCAGAAGAGCGGGGCCGCCCUCGCGUGACAAGUCGGCCCACCAAGCCUGGACCGCAGAGCCCUCGUCCCCGGGCCCGCAGCCAGGGAAGGCCUGGAGGAGAGCCUGUGCUGCUUAUCAGCCGAGCAAAGGAUGGACAGCAUUCCUGGACACGAACUGACGAGCCCAAGGAGAACGCCGGGGGCUCUGGAAGAAGCACCCCCAGGACCAAGAGCCCGGCAAGGGGUCACCUGACCCCGGUGGGUUCCCGAAGCCCUGCCCCCACCAAGCGCAGGGGUUCCCUGCCCGCCACAAAAAUGGCCAAUCCUGCCAUCCGAAUGCCUCCGCCGGGCCCAGGACGUCAGCGCCAGCCCUGCUUGUCCGGACAACGUGGGACCGUGAGGCAGCCCCAUUUGGGGGAGAGCGGGCCUUCCAGGCAGUCCGAUGAUACUUUAGGAGAAGAGUUGGAGGUGACGGCACAGGUUUUCCGCACCCCGCUACGCCUCGAUCCGAGCCAGGAGCAGCAGCUCUACCGGCGUCUGGAGGAAGAAUUCCUGGCCAACUCUCAAAUGAUGGGUUUGGAAAUGGACGAAGAGCUGGAUCCGGGCAGCCAGGCAUGCAAUGGCGCCCGGCUCUUGCCCAUGAAUCCAGACCAAGGGACUGCUGACUCCGCCUACUGCUCCUCCAGCUCAUCCUCUUCCUCCCUCAACGUCUUCAGCAAAUAUGGUCUCCAACCCGAGGAGUCCAAGCGGAAGGCAGCCCACCAGAUGACUGGAGGUUCCGAGCUGGUGGAUUUUCACAAUGGCUCGACGGAGGCUUCCGAGCUCUGGGACUCAACCGGUUCCCGUGAGCGAAGGAGCCGCUGGAGGAAACCCAUGCUUUCGAGCUCGUCGGAUGAAAGCAACUGCUACCUGGGCCUCAACGAUGUCCAGGAAGUCCAGGAAGGUCUAGAGCUAGCCGAGACUCUGGUGGAUAGCCCCUGGGCCACUGGGGAGCCGGUCCCUUCCCACACAGAGCAGGAAUCCUCCCUCCAGGAUGGCCUGGAGACCCUCGGCACAUCCCCCUCGGCUCCUGUCCUGGAAGAAGUCGUGCUCCGUCCCCAGUCGUCCUUGAGGAAGCCCGACCGCGUGCCUUCCAUCUACAAACUGAAGCUGCGUCCGCAAAUUAAACCUCGCGCCGACUCCCAACCGGACAAGACUCCGUCAAAAAUCCCCACUCCCUUCAACUACAAGGCUUCUGGAACCCAGAAGGCUCCGACAGGAAGCGCCUCUUCCAAGGACAGCCCAACCAGAGGUCUAUCCGAGCGCCGGGGCUGGGCGGCCUUCCACAACAUCUUCUCCUCCUCCUUCGGGGAUUGUCCUGGGGGUUCGGUGGAAUCUGGUGUGGCUGAUGAAGGAGCUUGGGCCUAGGCACCGGUGGAUAGCACCCACCCACAUCUCCUCCCCCCUGUAUCCGCUUCUGUGGUCCGGCCCUGUCUUUCCAGCUGCUUCUUUGGACCUCUUCCCAAUGUGACUUUGUCAUACGCUGCUGUGCAGAAGAGAGUUUUAUUUUUGGGUGGUGGGAGGAGAUGGGAACGGGGAGACGGGACAUAGGAGAAAGCCUUGGAUUGCAAAAGGGGAUCCGUCCUUCUGUAUUUUAUUUUUGGAGCGUGAGGCUGGAAGACGGCAGAGCUUAAAUUGCAGUAUCAGGAGGUUGGAGCUCAGGGUGUGUGCGUGUGUGCGUUGUUGGGGCUGCGUAUGUGUGAAAGGCUUGUAUGGGGACGUCCUUUAACACUGGAUACUAAAGGGAGCAUCAGGGUUAAUAUUCACUCCCUUGGUCAAUCACUGUCCAGCUUCUGCCAUCUUGAUAUUUCCGUAGCCAUCUGAGUUCAGCACAAGCAGUCCUUGAUUUACGACUAUAGAAACCACAACCUCUGUCACUAAGUGAUAUGGUUGGUAAGUGAGUCAUAUCCAAUUUUAUUACCUGUUUCCCCGCGGUCGUUAAACAAAUCCACUUGUCCCUAUUAACUUCCUCAGAAUCUCCCCGACAGUCUCAAACAAUCACAUGACAUCACCUCCCCCGGAUGCUGCAACCACCAUAAACAUACUUCAGGUGCCAAGCACCUGAAGUUUGAUCACGGGCAGUGGUGAAAUCCUACCAGUUUAUACCGGUUCGGGCAAACCGGUAGUAAUAAAAGCUACCGGUUCGGGCAAACCAUUAGUAAAAAAAUGCAACCAAUUCGUCCGACUUCGGUAUUUCCGACGAUCAGCUGUGUCGCACGAUUUAUAUUCGCUAGUCAGCAGGAAAUCCUGCUGUCUAGCGAAUAUAAAUCACGCGGCACAGCUGUUCCCCCCCCUCACUGUUUUACUUACCUUCAAACAGCUCCUUUUUCUAUGCAAAGUGCACAUUUGGUGCACUCUGCGCAUGCGCGCAGGGUGCAUCUGGCACGCACUGCACAUGUGUGGGCAGAAAAUCGGUAGCAAUCCGCGGAGGAUUUCACCACUGAUCAUGGGGCAGUCGUAAGUGCAAGAUUCCGUUGUAGGUCACGUUUUCAGUGCCAUACUAUGCUAGCAGGGUGACAGGCCACUGUUUUCAGGAACAGGGUUUUCAAAAGCAAAAAGGACGGCGACUUUGAUUGCAGUUGCCAUCUUGAUUUUUUUAUUUUUUUACUUCUUCCCUCCCCACCCCCCAGUAUUGGCCCAGUCCUUCAGCCAGAGACGUGGCAUGGAAGGAGCAUUCAACUACGUCAGGAUUUGAGAAAGGAAAUGUUGCGUCAGGGCGUCGUGUAACGGGUACAGUCGCGCCUCUCGUCUUCUACACACACCCCUUGUUUGCGCGCGAGGCUGCACAGAAUUGGAAGAGUGCCUUAUGGGGUGGGCUUGGUUGUGGGGGUGGGGGUGGGGGCGGGAGAGGGGAAUGCCGAAGGAGUGGCUGGAGAGAGUGAUUGGACUCCAGUUUUGUGGGUCCGAAUUGGAGUCGCGGAUUCACACACAACAGACACUGAGUGGCCCACGGUGAAGCGUCUCUUAAAAGGGAGAAGUUGCGUAGACGUUUGUGGGAACUGGACCGAAAGGGGGAACCCCCCAAUUCUUCAAGGCACAAUCGUUGCAUGUGGCAAAACGUCAGUCGUGCGAGCGGGAAAGUGUGGACGAGGGAGGGAGGGAAGAAUGCUGAAGUCUUUGCACGUGAAUUUCUCUUCGGCAGGGGCCCUCUCGGCCUUCGUGACAACCCCACCCCCACCCCCGGAUCAGUGGAUGGAGGUCUGUUGAAUAAAUCUAUGCAUAUUUAUAUAAAGUAAUAGGGAGCCUUGCCUCGCUCUCCCCCCGUAGAGUGCCUGCUAUCCAACCCCAUGAAUGUAGCUGAUUAAACCGACCUGCAAGUCCCUGAAUCCAGACAGUAAAGACUGACACAUCCUCUGCU